AUGUCGGACUAUGAGGCCUUACUGCGGUUUAACAAGAUGCCUGUGUCGGUUGAGAUGGUCCACUUCCUGGCGUCGACCACAGCGUCAAUCAUCCAAGUGCGCAGCGAAGGCAAUUCUGAGCACAUCCUUUCGUUAGUGGAUUUCAUUAAGGGAUUAGUAAAGAGGUCCAACGUACAAACCCCGACGCUGAUGUCCACCGUUGUCUACCUUGCCCGCCUGAGGAGUAUCAUCCCCGCUAACGUGUAUGGGAUUGAGACAUCGAGGCACCGGAUGUUCCUCGGGUGUCUUAUCCUGGCUGCCAAGAACCUGAAUGAUUCUUCACCAAUGAAUAAGCAUUGGUGUCGUUACACAGAUGGCCUACUGAGCCUUCGAGAGGUAAACACGAUCGAGCGCGAGCUGCUUGAAUACUUCAACUGGAACCUCAGGAUAACAAAUCAGGACCUGAUAUCAUGUCUUUCACACUUCCUCAACCCCAUCAGAGAUUCGUUUAUUAGGGGCGAGCAGCGCUCGCAUCUCCUCUUCCACGUUCCUCUCACUGGACAAACCAAGCAGUUUAUCCUUCAAAAUGGCGAUGUUUACUCCAGCUCUUCCUCGAAUAUGUCCAUUCCUUCGCUGGUAUCCUCGCGCACCAUUUCUACUAUUUCCACUAAUGGCUCUCGUUGUACUGCGCGCAGUGCACUAGCUGCUCACCAGGCUGUGACUAUGGAAUGUAUACAGGAAGAACGUCUUCCGAAGCUACAUCUUCGCGAAGCAAAUAUUACCUCAACACAGUGCCCACGGAAGGGCUUGACAAGACCUGUGAUAUUGCAGCCAAAGUUAAACACAUUUUACGAUGGUGCUCACAGUAUCAAUGGGACAUCCGAUGGGGCCAACGUAGGCGCCUAUCGUACAUUAAAAAACGCUGGUUGGACCGCCUUGUUCAGCUAG